AUGUUUGACUUUCUCGGAUCCCUAGAACCCCAGCAGUCGGUGCCGCCUAGCGCUCUCCAGGUGGCCUGCGACUCUGCGGACCUGGAUGCUGUCAGGCAGUUGGCCGCUGUGGCAGAGUCUCGCGAAAUUGACAAUGCUCUGUGCCGGUCAUGCGACAAACGGCAGACAGCUGUGGCUGAGAUCCUCCUGGGCAUAGAGACCACCAACGUGAACUGCGCCCCAGAAGGAGAUACGCCUAUAUACACCGCCGCGGCCCGGGUCGACCCCGAUAUGAUAGACCUUCUCCUGCGCCAUGGUGCCGACGUGCACAUCAAGUCCGGUAAUGGGCAGAGUGGCAAGAAACAGGCUGCCUACACUCCACUACAUGGAGUCUUCAGUGGAAUCCGGCCUGGGACAAACAAAGACGCAGAUUUUGUCAAUCGCUCCAAAAAAGCGGUCCUCAUGCUGCUUGAAGCCGGUUGUAGCAUCAAUGCUCGUUGUGCCGGCGGACGAACGAUACUGCAUGACUGUCUUCAUUUGAACUUUCCUCUUGUCGAUGUCCUUCUUGAGCACGGCGCAGAUCCAAAUCUCCCAGAUGACAGAGGGAAUACGCCCAUGCAUCUGUUCCACCCGUGGUCUCAAACCCCAGACACCCUGGAUCUACUUAUGGCUCAUGGGUCCAGCCUGGAGACACCGCACAAUGACGACGGGCUCACUCCCCUUCAUUUUCUCGCUUCGAAGGGUGGUUUGGAUGAUCUCUCGUUGUUUCUACCGCAUGUAUCCGAUUGGACAGCGACGGAUAGGAAAGGCAACACUGUUCUACAUUUAGCAGUCCAGUCGCAGCGCGCUAAGAGCAACACGCUGCAAGAACUACUCAAGAUUGGACUGGAUCCAGUACAUGGCAGGUCGAGCUGGAACUUUCGUGAACUGUUGCCUUAUCUCAUGAGCCGCGGUGCCAACAUCAACACACAGGACUACAAGGGCAACUCUAUUCUCCACUACCUUGUUAAACCUCACCACUUUGAGGACAAAUCCCUGGAUUUUCUGCUGUCUUCAGGAGCGGAUCCGCAUCUGGCAAAUUACGAGGGCGACACCUUUCUGCAUCGACUGUCAUUGAAUUUCGCGACCAUUGCAGAAGAUACUGCAUUAUGGUGGAUCAUCAAGUUGCUCCAAAUGGGGGUAUCACCGACAUCUCGCAAUUUCAAAGGCCAGACACCACUUCAUUUGCUAUGCAUUCGGCCAAUUCAUCUUGCUGCAGCCGUCUCGGAAAUAUUGGUGGACAAGCUCAUCUCCAGAGGGGCGGAUACAACCUGUUUCACGAGUGAUGGCUGUAAUCUGCUACAUAUAGCCUCCAUGGCGCGGCAGAGCAAUGUCGUCGGACUGCUGCUGGAGCACUACGAUUCCAGAAUUCGACUCUCACAGGUGAAUGUGCGAUCCAAGGACGGCCGUACACCUCUUCACGUCGCAUGUCGGUCUGGGCGAUUGGAAACAGUGGCUUUACUUCUCCAGCAUGGUGCGGAUGUCGAUGCGGAAGAUGAGCACAAAUGCACCCCUAUGGAUGCUUGUGCAGAGUUCCUAGCCGAAGACCUAUUAUGGACCAAUGAUUCUGAUGGAGACAACAUAUUCAAAGACCUGUUGAUUGAAGACGUGCUAUUAGGUGGUGGAAAGCGACCGCAGGGUCCCAAGUCUGCGGGAAAGAAGGCCGGGCAUCAGCGGACCUACCCUCGGAGAAUCGGCUGGAAAGGGGAAAUUACAUCAGAGGAUUAUACCCUUGGAGUCAGACGGAUUGUCGCAAGCCUCGUAUCCCAUGGUGCUCUUGCCACGGAGAGGAAAUUCGGCGUUGGUCCACUAUUCAGAGCAUUAUCGGCGGGCUGUGACGAAAUGGUGGAGGAGCUCGAUUGCCUUCACAAAGAAAAUGGGAUUGUUCUCGGGAAUCCCUAUUCCCUGGACGUAAAGUACUGUCUACUCCGUGCUCAGAAGUUACCUGAGCUUUUGGAACAGACUUUUACAGGCUAUCUCGACGAUCAUGCUGUCCUCGACAUGGUGCUGCGAGGCUACUACCGGGAGGUGGCUCAGGCCUUCGAGAAAAACGCUACAGAGCUUGCUAACAACCCUAUACUGCCUGAUAUCCUCGUUACUCUGGCAAGAUGGGGCUAUUUCGAGCUAUUUGAACGUAUCGGAAAUAUCCUCGCAAAGGACGCAAGCUGGAUCAAUGGUGGCGGCCGGGACAAGCUGGGAGAGAAGCUCAUACCUUAUCUGCUUGCAGCCGGACAGCGAGAAUUGCCGAAUCUCGAAGUGAUCAACGUCAUCGUUGAGCAUUUUCAUGCGGAUGUGAAUGUCCGAUAUGAAGCGGAAAGUGUUGGGAAACCAAAGGUCUAUUUCCAGUCCAAGGUCUCUCACAACCGAUGGUACCGGCCAGGGGAUACACUACUCCACCAUCUUGCACAAGGGGGUCAUUGGUGGCAUGAGGAGGCCAUACGAUACCUCUUGCAGCAUGGAGCCGAUCCAAAUGUCCGGAGUAAUGACGGGAAGACGCCUCUAUGCUACGCCGUGCAAAGAGGCGAUCUGGGAUGUUAUCGGCAACGCAAAAUCACGCAGAUCCUCCUUGAGGGGGGCGCAGAUCCAAACAUUCCAGCUUAUUGUGGGUAUACUCCUCUCGCGAUGGCGGCGCACGAUGAAGAGCUGUUCCAAUUGCUCGUCGACUACGGUGCGCGUCCAUCGGUCGACCAUCCGAUGGAAUUAUUUGUCGCACUGUACAAUUUUAAGCCCGGGGUGGUCUCCGACCUGUUAGGGAUGGGGCUGGAUUGCAACACAACGACGCUUUCAAACGACUUGAAGCACUGGCACACACAUCGGGUGUUGAAGGUGCCACAGUUAGGCUUGACUCUUCAUCCCCUCCACUACAUAUCGAUGCCACCAUUCAAUGAGGUGAACAGUCGUGACCACGCCAUCCAAAUGAUCCAGCUCCUCCUCGAACGUGGGCCUGAUCCGUUCCUACCCUUCGAUAAUGAACAGAAUCUCAUAUUGCAUCACAUCUUCUCCGGCGGGGGCAUCAUCCAACCUUGGCUGAACAUGCAAACCGUCGACCUUGAACGCCGAGAUCAUCGCGGGAGAACUCUACUUCUGGCCGCAGCAAGUUGUGAUGUGGGAACUCAGUCAUACGCGUAUACCGUUCCGAUGUUGCCCUUCCGGGGUGGGCGCUUCCUACCGUCGCCAUGGAUUGAAGGCGACACCACCCGUGCUAUGGCUUUGUAUGAUCGGGGCGCGGAUCUGGGUGCGGUGGACAACCAGGGGAACAACGUGCUCCAUAUCCUGGCUGGCAAGAACCCUCAAGAUGCAAAUGCAGUGGCCGCCCUCCGGAGGACUGUUACGGUGUUUCUGGAGAACGCUCCCUAUUUAGCGUCUCAGAGGAAUUCGCACGGAGACACACCGCUGAGCAUAGCAGAGUCCAGGCAGGUCAAAUGGGCAAUGGAGACCAUGCAUACUGGCGUCUCCAGUCCUGUUACGAAGCCAUAG